AUGGAAGGAAUUAAAAUCAACCUCGUUUCUGCACAACUCCAAAAAAGAAGAAAGUAUUUUCAGUGUAACUCGUGCCAUAUGCUGUUUGAUACGCAACAGAAGAUUUUAACGCACCAGAAAAAAGAUUCGUCGGGAAAGGCGAUGUGCGGUGGCAAAUUAAAAUUUGAUAUUUUCGGUAAACUUCAAAUAGGAAGAAAGUAUUUCCAGUGUACCUCGUGUCGCACGCUCUUUGAUACGCCGCAGAAGAUUUUAGCUCAUCGAAAAGCAUCCGGGUGCGGUUCCAAAUCAACAGUUGGCCACACUUCCGGAGAUUCGCGAUCACGAACGUUAAAACCAAACAUACCACACGAGAAACAAGCGCCGGAUAUUGAAAAGCAUACACCAUACCAUACCAUACCAUCCGAAGAUGCAGAAAGAGGAAUAAAACGCGAGCACAGUGGACUGAAGAAGGUUUUCAGGAUAAGUAAAAAGGAUGUGCAAAAUGAGAUAGUUGAUGAAUUGUUACAAGACCAAGGAACGUCAGUCAAUAAGACAAUGCGUACAUAUAAAUCACCACUAUUAUUAUCAAAGAAAAAGCCAAUUGUAGAAAAAACGCAAACUAUGGUCAAAUCAAUGACUGUAGAAACACAAGAAAUCUCAAAAAAAGGCACGGAAAGUAGCGGCACUCAGGUUAUAGAGAGUGCACCUGCAGAAAAUUGUAUAGAUGCACCUUUAAUGGAAGUAAAACAAAUGAUAGAUAUGAAAGAAUUUUUGAAUGAAGGACAAGAAUUGGUUAAAAAUAAUGAAGUUCAUACAAUAAAGUCGGACCCUGGAAAUUCAGGAGUCAUUAAUAAAGAGACCUUAGAUAAGACUCUACAGAUAGCACUUUCAGUGACAAAUAUCAAAUCCGUACAACAAAACAAUCUUACACUAUCGAGUGGAGCUGAUGACGAUUUCGAUGAGAAAAUGAAAGAUGAAAUGACCAGCAACGAAAAUUCGUCACCACAAGACAAUGUUGAUCCUAACGGCAGUGAAGAUGAUUGCGAUGAUGACGAAACAACUAGUCUAAAAUCAGAUGUGACAAACAAUGUAUAUUGGGGAUUAAAAUCACAUGGAGAUCGUUUCCAGUGUGUUUAUUGUGAAUGCGUUUUUGAUGCCGUGGCAGAAUAUCUUGUACAUGUUAAUAGCAUCUACGUUAAUGUUAUCCGAUUUAACAGAGCAGCGGUACGAUGUAUAACCGAAAGUAAUAUCGAUAGAUGUGAUGGACGAUAUGCAAGUUACUGCCCGGUAUGUCAGAAAAAUAUAACAAAUACCCGCCUUAAGUUUCACUCGUGUUUCCAUCUAUACGAUAAAAAAGAAAUAGAUGAGUGUAACGCUACAACGCUCAACGAUGGAUAUUUCAUUCGGGAAUGCAGGUAUUGUAACAAAUCGUUACCUGCGGAUAUGCUGCACCUACAUUUUAAAUACCUUCAUCAAGAUGUUACAAAAGGAAAUCGAUGUUUCUGCAAGCGGUGCCAAACGUUCUUCGAUACUCGUAAGGCAGCUAAGAAACAUAAGUUCAUGCAUGAUUACAAACUGUGCGAAAUAUGUGGAAAAUUCGUAUACGCGGCCGCAAAAGCAACUCACGAUGCCAGACACCAAGGGAUCAGAAAAAAGUACAACAAGCCAGCUGUGUGUGACGUUUGCGGAAAAACUAUCAAAAACUCGAAAAACCUGUCGGUACACAAACGGUCGCAUAUGAGUGCAAGCGAAAAACCGUUUGAAUGCUAUGUUUGUCUUUAAAAAUCUCCACUUUUCAAAAUCUUUCAUUUUAAAAAUGGAACGUUAACAAAUGUGACCUACAGAAAUUAAUGAUAGAUGUUCAAGCAGCAGAAUACUGUUUUCUAUAUAAAAUCUCAUAUAUUCAGAAAUUAUCCCAGAAUGUAAUAAUCGAAUAUAGAUCCACUUCUAUAAAAAUACAGUAUGUGUAAGUCAUGUAAUCUUAUUUAUAGUUUUACAUUAUACCAAAUGCAAACAGUGUUAUACCUGUGUUAAAGCUUCCAUUUAAUCCAUAUGUAAUUUCUUCAUGACAAAGUUUCGACACGAGAAAGUUUUUUAAAAUAAAGACAAAUCGACU